AUGUCUUCAAAAAUUGUUGUUGUUGGUUCAUGUAUGAUUGAUUUCACAUGCUUUUCUCCUCGUUUACCAAAGCCUGGUGAAACAAUAAUUGGUAGUAGAUAUGAGAUAAAAUAUGGUGGUAAAGGUGCUAAUCAAUGUGUAGCAGCUGCCAAGCUUGGUGCUUCUACGGCAAUUAUUGCUUCUUUAGGUUCUGACAUUUAUGCUCAAGAGUAUCUAGAGAUAUUUAAGAAGGAAAAUAUAGACAGUUCUCAUGUUCAAAUACAAGCAAAUGAACAUAGUGGAAUAGCACAUAUAACGGUUACCGAAGAUGGAGAGAAUAGUAUAGUGAUUGUAUUAGGAUCGAAUGCGUUGUUGAGUAUAAAACACGUGAACUCUGCGGCUAAUACGAUUAAAAAUGCUGCUGUUUUAUUAUGUCAAUUUGAGUCACCACUAGAAACUAUUCUACACGCUUUAAAACUUCACAAAGAUCAUGGUUUGUCGAUUGUGAAUGGUGCACCUGCCACAAAAGAUGUUGACUCUGAAUUAUUAAAACUCUGUGGCAUAUUUUGCGUCAACGAAACCGAGGCGGAAGUUAUGACUGGCGUGCAGCUUAUGGGACUGUCAAAUAUACAACACGCCGUUGACAAAUUGUUGGAUAAAGGUUGCGAUACAGUGAUUGUUACCCUCGGGGAGCAAGGAGCAGCUUAUGCAUCUCAGAAUAAUAGAACUGUCAAAAUGGUUUCCACCAAAUGUGUUCAGCCUGUAGAUUCAACGGGAGCCGGGGAUGCAUUUCUGGGCGCUCUUGCAUAUUUUAAAGCUUAUCACCCAGCGCUUUCGAUGGACGAGUGCAUCCGAAGAGCUUGCGUCGUUGCUACGGAAUCCGUGUUGAAAUUCGGCACACACGCGAGUUUCCCGAACAGAAGCAGCCUGUCGCCGGAUCUGUUCGCUUGAAUUAAUAAAAAUGUUAUACAUUUUAUA